UAAAAACUAUUUUAUUUUAGAUUAUAAUGAUGUGAUGAACCAGAAGAGAGGUUGUCCCGCCAUGAGCUCCGAUGAUAUUGAUCUAGAGACUAGACAAGUUUAUUUUAUACAGACAGAAGGUCCUGAUGGGUUACAGAGCACAGAGGUUGUCAUAACGGACCUAGGCGAGCUGGGGGAGAAUGCUAUCGUUGUAUUCGAGGAGGCAGUCGGAGUAGGAGCAGAGGAAACCGUGAUAGGAGGAGUUGACGACCUAGAUUCAGUUUAUUUAGAAUCAGACUCCGAUGUAUUACAGGUUUUUCAAGAUGUUGAGAAUAUUAAGCUGGAGGCUGGAGAUCUUGGAGAUGUUAAGAUGGAUCCCGACCUCGGGGUUCACUACGAGACCGUAGAGGACGUGAAUCUAGGAGAUACAACCAGGGUUUACCUCAGUGUUGGUUUAGAUGAGGAGUCGGAGCACUCCGAGGUUCUCUCUCUAACCAGUAGUACAGACGAGCUUUUGACGGAACAGCCUUUGAAUUUAGUGAAGAAAGAUAGGAAAAGAAAAAGUUCUUCUUUGGACGGAAAAUCUGAUAGUUAUCUUUGUAAACUGUGCAACACAUACAUUAGUAAACCUUUGGAAGAGGCUCAUAACAGGGAUGUUCAUGCGAACAUUGAUCGACUGUCCUGUUCUGACUGUGGAAAACUGUUUACAUCAAAACGAUCUCUAUUUGGGCAUAAAAAGGAGAAACAUAGCGGGACCCUGGAGAUAUUUAGCUGUCCUGACUGUGGGAAGAACUUCUCUAGAAAAUCAAAUUUAAAAGCACAUCGAGAUUCUUUACAUUUUGGGAAGAAGUUUCCCUGUUCAUUCUGUGAACGCAUAUUUACAAACCGGAGCAGUAUGAAUCAACACAUUAAGAAGACUCAUAUAGAUACCUUCCAUAUAGCAGUGUAGUUGUUCACAGAUGUAUGAUGUUGAUACACCCACAGUGUACAAUGUGUACUGUAUAUCUAUUAGCCACAUACAGACAUUCUCCUAGGUGUACGGUGUACAAUGUCAAGCGCUGUAAAUAUUCCACAGCUUAGUGUUUCCAUUGUACUUUACUGUACUGUACUGUACAGUACAGAAUUGCGUUUAUGCUUCACACAGUUAAUGAUAGUUAAUGAGAUCCUCCAAGGCUAAUUAAGAUUGACUAUCCUGAUAUCUAAGUAUUUUUUUUUUUAAUUUUACGCAGGAUUUAUUAUGUUUUGUUUUCGUGCUUUCAUUAAUACGCAUUAUUCUUCAGUUUUAUAAUUUAGAGAACAUGGAUAAUACAACAAAUGUGAGAAAAGUCUCAGUUCUGGAGCUUUUGUACGCGAUAACAUUAAACCGAAUCAUAUCUCCGCUCGACCCUGAUUGAGUUAGCAUAGAUUCUACGCUUAAAGGUUAUCCUGUACAUGGGUACACACACGUAUCACUUUUUUGUCUUAUUUGUUUCUGUUGAGACCUUUUCUUGUUUAGUAGGUGGUGGUACAAGCCUCGGAGAACGGGUAGAUUUGAACUAUUUUAUUAAAAUUCAAACAUGAAAUAUAGUAAAAAUCUGUGGACUUAUCCGGUUUCCUACAACUUAAAAUGGCUUUUUGUCUUUAUUUUUUAAUGCCAUUUGUCCUGAUUUGGUAUGACGAACCACUGAGUUUAAUGAACUAAAUUUGUAUAUUACAAUAGUUAAUCUAGUCUUCAGCGAUGUUAUUAAGUAAAAAAAAAACUGUUAAAAUCGAUGUGAAUACAUUAUCAUUGUGUUUUGGUAUUGAAUAAAAUGUAAAAACUUAA